AUGAACUUCAGAUUUAUUAAAGCAUUUUGGGACAUCUUGAAAGAAGACUUCAAAAAAACUGCCGAUGAAUUCUUUGCAAAUGGCUCAUGGCCGAAGGGGUUGAAUGCGUCUUUCAUUACGUUAAUUCCUAAAUCCGAGUCUCCACAAGGUUUGAAGGAUUUUCGGCCAAUCUCAUUGGUUAAUUGUGUGUACAAGGUGAUGGCUAAAGUGCUGGCAAUCCGAAUGAAGGAAGUAAUGUCUUAUGUUAUAGAUGACUGCCAAUUUGCAUUUGUGGGCAACAAGAAUAUGUUGGACAGCGUACCUAUAGCCAAUGAAGUUAUACAUGAAGCAAAAAGGAGGAAGCAAGCGACUUUUGUGCUGAAGGUCGACUUCGAAAAAGCUUACGAUACUAUAAGCUGGCAGUUUUUAACUUACAUGUUGAGAAGAAUGAAAUUUGGAGAAAGGUGGGUGAGAUGGAUCAAAGGUUGUCUUGAAUCCUCUUGUGUUUCAGUGUUAGUAAACGGAAGCCCGACGGAAGAGUUUAGCAUGGGAAGAGGGAUUAGACAAGGGGAUCCCCUUGCCCCUUUUCUUUUCCUUGUUGUUGCUGAAGGACUUAGUGGUUUGCUUCGACAAGCGACUUUGUUAGGAAAGUUCAGCCCGUUUGAGUUUAGAUCAGAAGAGAAAAUUGAGGUAUCCCUCUUGCAAUUUGCAGAUGACACCGUUUUCUUUGGAAGAGCUACAAUGCAGAAUGUGUUCACAGUAAAGUGCAUAUUAAGAUGCUUUGAGAUGGUGUCCGAAUUGAAAGUGAACUUCUUUAAAAGUAAGGUGGCAGGGAUGCCUCAAGGAGUUGCUACUAAAUGCAAAAGUAUUCUUUUAAGAUUCUUGUGGGGUGGAGCUGAGGGGGGUAGGAAGAUAGCUUGGGUCCAGUGGGAAAAAGUCUGCAGACCAGUCAAUGAAGGGGGUCUAGGGGUGAAGGAUUGGAAUCGCUUUAAUUGGUCCCUACUAGGUAAGUGGAGAUGGAGAAUGAUGAAGGAAGAAGAUAGCUUAUGGUGUAGAAUCUUAUCAGCUAAAUAUAAUGGUAGGGUUCGACCUUCUGACUCACAAUGGUGGAAAGACAUUAAUGCUGUCUGUUUUGAUCAGGGACAUGGGUGUUGGUUCAAUAAUGCAAUUUGCAGAAGGUUGGGAGAUGGUGGUAAAGUUGCUUUCUGGAAGGAGAAUUGGUUAGGUUGUGGUGAUUUAAAAGGAAAAUUCCCAAGAAUCUUUGCUUUAUCAGACCACAAGGAUAGGCGAAUAAAGGAGAUGGGAGAAUGGAAUAAUGAUAUUUGGCAGUGGAAACUAUUGUGGAAUAGGGAUCUGCUAGAAAGAGAAGAAGAGAGGGUUCAGGAGUUAUUACAGCUGAUAAAAAACUUCUCGCCGAAAAAGGGAAUAGAGGAUCGCUGGGUGUGGACUAAGGAAGGCUCAGGGGUUUAUACAGUGAAGUCAGCAUAUGCGUUCUUGCACGGUAGUCUAUUGGAUGAGGAGAAAUUGGUUUUUAAAUGGAUCUGGAGUUGCAAAGCUCCCUCGAAUGCCUCUUCGUUUGUGUGGAGGGUGCUGAUUAAUAGAGUGCAAUCGAAAGUUGAGUUAGCAAAGAGGAAUGCUUUUCAAGGUAAUGUGGAUUUGUCUUGUGGAAUGUGUGGGGGAGAUGAGAAAUCAAGUUCCCAUUUGUUUUUUACCUGCCCAGUUGCUUGGAAGGUAUGGAUGGAUGUUUACAGGUGGUUGGGGGUAGUCCUGUCCUUUCCCAAAACUGCAGAAGAUCAGCUGAUGCUACAUGGUUCUGUGCUGCAAGGAGGAAAGAAAUCUGUCCGGGUUCUGACCUUAAUUUGGAUCUCAACAGUGGGUGCGUUGUGGGGGGCACGCAAUGGUUUUGUCUUCAAGGGCAAGGUGGUUGAUGGGGAUCGCUUAAUAGGCAACAUUCAGUACAAGGUUUGGCUAUGA